AUAAAAAUGAGAUAAAGAUCAAUUACGGGCCCAUUUGAAUUAAUGGCAUUUUCGUAGUUCUCCCGAAAUCCAAGGCCAUUCACAUAACCCUAAUGUCUAUAAAUAUGCAAACACAAAUCUCCAAAACUCAAGAGACCAAAAAAAUCUCUAAACACAUCUACAAAAGAAGGAAUCACAAACUAAAUUAAGAAAAAACAAACAUAAGAAAAAGUAUGGGGAACUGUUUAGUAAUGGAGAAGAAAGUGAUAAAGAUAAUGAGAAAUGAUGGGAAAGUAGUUGAAUACAGAGGACCCUUGAAGGUUCAUCACAUCCUCACCCAAUUCUCUCCUCACUACUCUAUAUUCGACUCUCUCUCCAACAAUUGUCAUCUUCAUCCCCAAGCCAAGCUUCUCUGUGGUCGUCUCUACUAUCUCUUGCCCCAGGAGACGACUAAAAUCAAGCACGUGAAGAAGACGAUGAAGAAAGUCAGGUUUGCAAAUCCAGAGGUCGAAAAAGAAGAAGAAGAAGAUAGAUUAACAGAUUGUUGUGACAACACCAAGGAGAAGUCUAAUGGUGUUGUGAGGGUGAAGAUGGUUGUGAGUAAGCAAGAGCUGGAGAAGCUGCUUCAAGGAGGUUCUGUUCAUGAGAUGGUUUAUAGGACUCUUGCUAAGCAACAUCUGUGUGCUGAUGAUGAUGAUGAUCAUCAUCAUGAUCAUGCUGAAGAUGAUGAGUGUCAUAGAGUCUGGAAACCUUUGUUAGAUAGCAUUCCUGAAUCUGAUUAGCCUAUUGUAUGUACAUAUAUAUAUGACAUAUACAUAGAUAACAGAGACUCAAAGCUUGUGAAAAGAAAGCAUGUAAUUCGCAGAAACACAAGGGAGAAAGUAUAAUAUUUGUAUUGAAAAACCCUUAAAAAGUUGAUUUUGUUA